AUGGCUGAAGCGGACCCCGAAGUCGUGGUGGCCAUCGUGGCUCUCCUCGUCUCUUUGGUUGCUCUGGCAGCUACCUUCAUGCAGGUCAUGCAACAAUACUACGCCUCUGCAGCAGGAUAUGCUCAAUGCAAUGAGAAGGUCAUGGGGAAAUGGGCACUCACAAAAACUCGUCGCUUCUCCUGGGACGAGCUCCGUUUCGAGGUCGAGUUCGAGGCCCCUGUGAUUUUUGUUUCGCCCCCAGACAACCAACAUGGUCCAAUUCGUGGGGCAGAGAUAUACUUUCUAGAUGGAAGUCCCGAAAGUCUCGAAAAUACGUGGUCUGAGCUGGACAUCAAUCCCAGAGAGGAAUAUGCCAACAAGACGAAACGAGAGCGUAUCCAUACUGCUGAUAACGAGCGAGCUUCAUGGACGUUGCUUCUCAGCGCCGUACAGCGUAUGGAGCACGAGUCUGAGAAGUGGCAGAAGAGUCAAUACGAGGGCAUGCAUAAACAAGUUGGACCUCCCAAUGCUCAGUCACAGAAUCAUGAUCUUCCUACCAACCCUCCCAGUCUAUACGAUGCACAUACUAUGACAGUUGCUCUUCAACGGAAACGUAAGAGCUGGGAUACAAUGCCUGCGACUGUUCUACGCCCCUACGCCACGACGACGAUGUGCCAUCUUAUCGAGAUGUUGGCUGCUCUGGGUAUCUAUUGGAAAGAGUUCGACCGAAAGCGUGAACGUUACCGUGCCGAAGGCAAUGGUUUUAUGGUUAUUGGCGAAAAGGUCACUGAUCUCGGUUUAAUGUUUACGUUCAGUAUUUACGGGCGGAGUCGCUUCGAAGCAAAUCGAGUGAUUCCUGUUGACCAGGUGAAGGAGCUUUGUUUUGGCUAUGUGUCGACGAUUUACAGCGUGUUGCUGGACCAGCGACGACUUCGAUUCCCUGAAGAUGAUCCAGAGAACUUGGCUUUCCUUCAGCUGGCGACUCGUGAGGAGAUUUCUCAGACCCUCAUCCGAAUUGGAUGUAACAACAAUGCUGUCCGUGCUUUCCAAGAUGCUGGGAAGCAUACAUCACAUUUGUUUCCUGUUUCUUUCGAAAUCCUCGGUAUGCUGAGUCGUACUUUUCACAUCAAGAACAGCAUGUUCACCCAUAUUCCUAACCCAACAUCAGAUCGUUGGGAUAAGCAAUCGGUGUCAUUAGUCAAAGUGAUGGAAGCUUAUGAGGACCUCGUUCCGACUUCACUGCCCGGAGCUCGUCGAAACCCAGUCAUUAUCGACAAGAUCAAGAAGCAUGUCGACCAAAUCCUGGCCUUCAACAAGGACGAAAGCGUGACCGAGAAGAUGUGUACUCUGAAGGCACUCCACGAAGCCAUUGACGAUUGCGAUCAGAUCUUAACAGCCAAGGAACCUAGCGGCACUGUUACCCCUUUUGCAGAGCAGUUGGGCAUCAAGGUUCAUGAGUCCGAGGUACAGAAGAAACGACGAGAAAUGGUCCAAGAUGUUUUGCGAUCGCACAUCCAAGAAGUUCUACGUCUACUGAACGAUGGGGAAGACCGUUCAUCCGAUACGCAAUCUCUACACGCCGAAUGGAGUCCGGCUACACCACAUACGCGACAGGAUGGACAGCCUAGAGUUGCGCCCAUCGGAUUCGAGGACAUGCACGAAGCCAGUCCUGACGAGCGGCAGCACAAAUUUUUGGAAGUUUACUUUCACGUUAUCCGUGAGAAGGUUAUCCCUCGUGCUGCCCGCUCAACAGACCGCAGAACGAGCCUUGUUGGAGCUCCUGCAGGGUAUGGUUUCCGUCGCGCAGGCACAGGUCGCACACAAGCAUCCAGCAUGCGUGGCAUUGAACGAGCAUCCUCGCCGCCUCCCCCCAUGCCAGCCCCCCGUCUGCAAACCAGCGUGGAGAACAUUCCUCUUGGUCCCAUGGCUAACGGCCGUCCCUCCAUGUCUAGCAGGCCUGGCAGUGCUGUGAGUGAAGCGUAUUCGUUAGCAAGUGAGCAACCCAGACCUAGACUAGAGGCUGCAUUGUAUGAACAGGAGGUCUCGCAUGAUGAUGUUUGGUGUACGCUGAUUUUCCGCAUGAUAUGCUGGUUAAUGUUACACGACUUCAACAAGUUGGAUGUACAAUUGAGUAAAAGUGAGCUAUUGGGAAGUCGUAUGCCAGUUUACAUAUCAUGA